AUGGUAAGCACCACUUGGCUCGAUGUGCUCCAAAAGCAAGGCAUGCUCUCUUUCUCAAUCAUUAUGGUAGGACAUGCUAACACAAGUACAACAGUGAAAAUCGACAUCGACUGUAUGGAUCCUCUAGAAGCUAAGCGGUUCCUGCCCUUCAUGCCCCAUGAUCAGACGAGCAAUCAGCGCUUGGUAUACGAGCAAAUGGUCUCUUCUGAGAACCGUGAGCUCUUCCUUGAGACAGUCGAACAAGGUAGAGACGAAGGAUGGGAAGUGAUUCUCAAUCGUAUGAGUGCCCUUCUCUGCGCUAAGAACCUUGACAAUAUUCAAGGACGUGUUCUACUUCAAGUCUCAGCUAAUCACGCUUAUGACACUGAGAAAGUUGUGGCUCAAGCUCGUUCUUAUGCCCAUGAAUUUGAGAAGCUCGGUAUUUCCAAGCACCGCAUUUGUAUCAAGAUUUCGUGCACUGGACCUGCACUAAAUGCAAGCUCGAUCCUUCUUCAAGAAGGUAUCCGUUCAUUGGGUACUUCUCUCUUCUCUGUCGUCCAAGCAAUUGCGGCUAGCCAAGCCGGGACGCUCUCCAUCAGUCCUUAUUACAACUUCCCCUGGUAUCACGCCGACCGCAAGCAGUGGCCUGAUGUAGAAGGCCCGGCUCUUGAUCAUCCAAUGUCACCAAGAAUCGUGCAGAUUCAACAAGCCUACCAACGUCUUCAGCAAGAGACUGGCAGAGUCCAACCACUUCUGAAACCCGCUAGCUUUGUUUCUCCCCAAGAGGUCAUGGCUAUGGCAGAGUUUGGAUGUGACCAUGUGACCGUACCUGAAGAUAUCCUUCUCCAGCUAUCGCUUAUCGAUGUAGAGGAGAAUCUACCACCAGGCGAUGUCGCCCAAGAGCACAUCCAAGGUGUUUCAGAACGAGUUGCUCAUCUGGCAAAAGCUGACCCUCUCGCUGGGGCACUUUGGGAUGGCAAGCUUCCGUCUACCGAAAUAGAUUACUUGGCCGACAAUGGUGUGGCUUUGGAAGAAGCCAUCGCUGCCGAUCCUGUCACAAGGAGGGGACUCUUAGAAGCCCUUGAAGCGUUCAAGCAGAAUGAGCUGCAGAGUCGCGCUGUGAUUGAAGAGGCCCUGAAGCAGUUCUGA